GGUGUGGGUGUGGGUGCACAAUUAAUUGACCAGUACUCGUACAAUCUCACGCCGAUGUCAAGAUUGAGAACCGACACUCAUUGCUACGGAGAUAUAGCGAUAUAUCAUAUAAGAUCGAAGUACUAAUUGUAGACAAUCAUUCCGAUAUUCUGCCUCAACUGAGGUUAUUCACUGUCAUCCUGCUUUUGGGUGUAGUGUGGCUGAGCGGCCUUCGUCGUCAUUGCUGUCCGGUGCCUCAAUCCACAACGCAAUAAAUCGCAACAAGAGCCCAAAGCCGCAAACACUACAACCACCACCACCACUUUCCCCAGCUCAACCUCUCCACCAACACCAUAUAUUCACGACUCCGUAAUACCACCAAAAUAGUCUGAAUAUCCGUGCGACCAUAUAUCUCAUAACGCAGAGCAUUUGCGACACCAGCACAACCCUAGUACUGUAGCACCUGGAAGCUUUGGCUCUCUCCCACAUUGCCCCGCCAUUCCCGGCCUGCAACCGGCAUCCAUCAACGCAGCGUUCUGAUCAAUCUCAGAGGAAGCAAUGUCGUUCAAAGGCUUCCAGAAGUCCAUCGUCAGAGGUAAGGGUCUUGGAGAGAUUUAGGAGAAGUUCUCGUCGCAGAUGGGUUGACGGAAGAACAGCCCCGCAAACGUUCAAGGCAAAGUUCAACCUCGGCGAACAGACGAAAGAUGCCGUCUACAUCGACGCGGAACGAAGGUUCCAAGAGUUGGAAUCCGAGACGAAGAAGCUACACGAUGAGAGUAAAAAGUACUUCGAGGCCAUCAAUGGUAUGCUCAACCACCAAAUCGAAUUCUCACAGGCGAUCGCCGAAAUCUACAAACCCAUUUCCGGUCGUAUGUCGGAUCCCGAUUCUGCAAUUCCGGAAGGAAACCCUGAGGGUAUAAGAGCAUGCGAAGAAUAUGAGGCCAUCGUGAAGGACCUGCAGGAAACUUUGGCUCCCGAGUUGGAAAUGAUUGAAUCCAGAGUGAUCCGACCUGCUGAUGAGUUAUUGGAGGUAGUAAAGGUAAUAAGAAAGACUGCAUUGAAACGACAACACAAGCAACUGGAUUACGAUAGGCAUCGUGCCAGCCUGAAAAAGCUUCAGGACAAGAAAGACAAAAACUUGAAAGACGAAAAGGCCAUGUACAAGGCAGAGAAUGAUGUGGAACAAGCGACUCAAGAAUUCAAUUACUACAAUGACCUCCUGAAGGAUGAAUUGCCGAAGCUGUUUGCCCUGGAACGCGAGUUCAUUCGCCCACUAUUCCAGUCAUUCUACUACAUGCAACUAAACGUAUUUUAUACCCUGCACGAGAAGAUGCAAGGCUGCGAUAUUGGAUACUUCAACCUGACAUUGGAUGUGGAGGAGGCUUUCGAGGCUAAACGUGGACAAAUCCAAGAAGCUGCAGAAGCCUUGUCAAUUGUCAAAUUCAAAACUACUGGCGGAAGACCACGGCCUGGAUCCAAGCCCCUCGCUCUUGGCCCACCAAGUAGCAGACUCGCAAUUGAAGGGAAAAAGACACCCAUCUCACCCGUCUCACCCACGUCCUCAUCCGCCCUUAGCCGAAGACCGGAAUUAGAAACAACUGAGAAUCCACCACCACCAUAUUCCAGCAACUUGUCACCCACGACACCCACAGAUACGAAGUGGGGUUCGCUAGCAAAAGCAAAAGGAGCGGCGCCGCCACCACCUAAGCCCAAGCCGUCGAGACUGAGUGGUGCGCCUCCAUCUGAAACUGCAACGGCGCUCUACGACUACGAAGCACAAGCUGAAGGGGAUCUGAGUUUUACAACUGGGGAUAUAAUUGAAAUCGUCACGAGGACGAAUAAUGAAAAUGAAUGGUGGAUAGGAAAGAUCAGAGGAAAACAAGGCCAAUUCCCAGGUAUGUAUCACCUCAUUCUUGUAUUGAUGGAGAAUAGCCUGAUUAACAACUUCAUAGGAAAUUAUGUCAAAGUAAAUUAAUGCAUCGUUCCUCCACGUCACUCGAAGGAAUAUAUGCGCCUAAUCGCUCUUUACGGGUUUCCCGAGCUGCUCGCUACAUACGAGCCGCGUUAAUAAAGCCUCAUUUUGCCUCAACCUUUCUAAGCCGCAAUAAAGCCGAGGUGUAGUUUGAAGGAAAGGUCUCGGAUAUACAGGCUCUUGAUUGAUGGAGGUUUCUCACAUGGAUAGAUAUCUUUUUCUACCUAUCAUUUUUUCCCUCUUGACCUUUUGUGUGUCGUUGGGCAGCAAGCAAGCAAAGCGAUGGUGUGUUGGGUUGGGAUUAAGGGGUGACGUGACAUAGAUAGAUUCAGUAGUCAUGGUCGGUAAGACAGAUAGGAAUAUAGUAUGUAAUCAAAG